AUGGCCAUCAUAGGAGCCAAAGAAGAACAUGGCGAUUCACGUCUAACUGAACUGGCCAAGGCGGACACGAUAAAGUGGUAUAAAAAACCAAACCUUCGUCUGCUUUACCUGAUCCUCAUUCCUUGUGGAUUAGGGGUAGAAUGGACGUCAGGGUUCGACUCGUCCAUGAUGAACAGCCUUCAAGCUGUAGAAUCCUGGGUAGACUACUUCGACAACCCUACCAAAGGUCGACUAGGCCUACUCAACGCGAUGUACUCGCUCGGCUCGCUCUGCGCCAUCCCCUUUAUCCCCACCAUCAGCCUCUAUCUCGGUCGUCGUCGAACAAUUCUCCUCGCCUCGCUCAUCAUGUCCAUGGGCGGUGGCCUACAGGCCGGUGCCCGCAACUCGGAUAUGUUCCUCGCCUCACGCUGGGUCCUGGGCUUUGGCAUUCCCUUCGCCCUCGUCAAUGCGUCCUGCUUGAUUGGGGAGUUAUCCUACGCCAAUGAACGGCCGAUUAUGACCUCGCUCUUCAAGGCUUCCUGGUCCGUCGGUGCCAUCGUCGCUGCCGGCACGACCUACGGCACCUUUCAGAUGAAGAGUACCUGGGCCUGGAGACUGCCGAGUUUGCUACAGCUCGUACCGAGUUUCUUCCAAAUCGCAUUCAUGCCCUUCUGUCCAGAAUCACCACGGUGGCUGAUUUCUAAAGAUCGUGGGGACGAGGCGUUCGCUAUCCUGAACAAGUACCACAGCGAGGGUAUCGACGGUGAGGAAUUUGCCCGACUCGAAUAUGCACAAAUCCAGAGCACCAUUGCCCAGGAAAAAGAACUGGCGAGUAGAUUCGCUUGGGCCGACGUUAUUCGCGAUGCGCCCAUGCGGAAGCGAUUCACGAUUGCGGCCAUCAUGGGGUUCUUCACGCAAUGGAGCGGCAACGGGUUGCUCAGCUUCUACAUGAAGAAAAUCUUGGCUUUGGUGAAUAUUACGGACAACCGCACCGUUCAGAAAAUCAUCCUCAGCCACACUUGCUGGGGUCUCAUCUACGCGGUGCCCAUUGCCCUGAUAGCACCAAGGUUUCCGCGUCGAAGGAUGUUUUUGCUUUGCACCAUCGGCACGGCAGUCGUUUACAUCGUCUGGACCAUCGCCAGCGCCAGAGCAAGCAUCGAAAAUUCUUCGCGAGCAGCUAUCCCCGUCUUGGUGUUCAUCUUCGUGUACGGACCAUUCUACAACAUAGGCUGGAACGCCCUCGCCUACACCUACCUAGUCGAGCUCUUCCCCUUCCAACAGCGGGCGCAGGGUAUCGCCGUGGAGCAACUCAGCGUGAGCGCCGCCGUGUUUUUCAACACCUACAUCAACCCGAUUGCGCUGGACAGCAUUGGAUGGAAGUACUACAUCGUGUACUGCGUCUGGAUCAUGGUGGAGAUCUUGACGGUGUACUUCUUCUUUCCCGAGACGCAUAACCGGACGUUGGAAGAGCUCAGCUUCAUGUUUGAGGGUAAGGAGGUGCAGGAGAAGGUGCAGAAGAACAUGGAUAAGGUGUUGAAUAUGGAGUUGGAGGGGAUGGCGUCGCCUCAAGGCAUUCUACCACCACACUCUAAGAUGAAAGUAUCAUGGUGCUGA